AUGGAUCUUCUCCAAAGCUGGGGGAUUGAACUGGCAGUCCAUUUGCAAACUAAAUACAGCAGCUACGAGGGCUUGUUCAACUUGGCGUCCACAGUGGCAGAUCUUCACACCACAUUCUUCUGCUUAUUCCCAAUCUGGUUUCACCUGCGGAGGGACACAGCGCUCAGGUUGAUCUGGGUGGCAGUCAUUGGAGAUUGGCUCAACCUGGUUCUAAAAUGGGUGCUCUUUGGAGAGAGACCAUAUUGGUGGGUUCAUGAGACUCGAUUCUAUGGAGCAGAAUCAGCUCCAUCUCUGCGGCAGUUCCCCAUCACAUGUGAGACCGGACCAGGAAGCCCCUCAGGCCAUGCUAUGGGUGCUGCUGGAGUGUGGUACGUGAUGGUAACAGCUUUACUCUCUUUGGCAACAGAGAAACAAUGUCCUCCUUUACUAUUCUUGCAGGUAGGUCUGUGGAUGCUCAUGGGUGUGGUAGAGCUGUUAGUCUGCAUGUCCAGAGUCUACAUGGCGGCCCAUUUCCCACACCAGGUCAUUGCUGGAGUCAUCACAGGCAUAAUUGUCGCUGAGGUUGUUUCCCAGCAGAAGUGGAUCUACAGCGCCAGUCUGACUAAGUACUGCUGCACUACCAUCUUCUUGACCUCCUUCGCUGUCGGCUUUUACCUUCUGCUUAAGGCCAUGGGUGUGGACCUGCUGUGGACCAUGGAGAAAGCACAGAAGUGGUGUGUAAGGCCUGAGUGGGUCCAUCUGGACUCUGCACCCUUUGCCAGCCUCCUGCGUAACAUGGGCAGCCUGACCGGGCUGGGCCUGGGUCUGCACUCACCGCUCUACAAAGGCACCAAGAAGAGCACAAGUACCACUUUCAAAAUGGGAUGUAUUACUGUCUCCUUAUUCCUACUCCAGCUGUUGGAUGGCUGGACAUUUUCUUCUGAAAACCAUAAGAUUUUCUAUUUCCUCUCUUUUGUUUAA